AAGCUUCCGUUUCCCCCCCCCCCCUUCCCUUGUGUUGGCGCGCUCCGGUGGGCGGGGUUAGCGCUCGGCGCUGCGGCUGUUGGAUGCGAUGUUGCAGCGAGGCAUUGCCCGGAGAUCUGCUGGAGCCGGCGGGCGGUGAGCACUGGACGGCCGGGCGGGAGGGGCCGGCUCUUCCCGGGGAUGCGGCUCGUUAGAGAUUAAAGAUGGCGGACCAUUAGAGAAGCCUCCCCCAUAAGGAGACACAAGGCGGAGGGUCCGGACCCAGCCUAGAGCGAUGGAGGGCGGUCACAAUGAUAAGGUGAAUCAGGCCCACGUCCUCUUUGACCGCUUUGUCCAGGCCACGACCUUUAAGGGGACACUGAAAAGCUUCCAGGAAUUAUGCGACUACUUAGAGCUGAAGCCGCGCGACUACCGCUCCUUCUACCACAAACUCAAGUCCAAACUCAACUACUGGAAAGCCAAAGCCUUGUGGUCAAAACUGGACAAAAGGGGGAGUCACAAGGAGUACAAGAAGGGCAAAGCCUGCAGCAACACCAAGUGUCUGAUAAUUGGCGCGGGCCCCUGCGGACUGCGGACCGCCAUUGAGCUUAGCUUUCUCGGGGCCAAGGUGGUGGUGGUGGAGAAGAGGGACACCUUCUCCAGGAACAACGUCCUGCACCUGUGGCCGUUCACCAUCCAAGACCUGCGAGGACUCGGGGCCAAGAAAUUCUACGGGAAAUUCUGUGCGGGCGCCAUUGAUCACAUCAGUAUUCGUCAGCUACAGCUCAUCCUCCUGAAGGUUUCCCUCAUCCUGGGGAUCGAGAUUCACGUCAACGUCGAGUUUCAGGGAUUGGUGGAGCCGCCUGAAGAUCAGGAAAAUGAGCGUAUUGGUUGGAGAGCAAAAGUCCACCCCAAAGGUCACGCGGUAUCGGAGUACGACUUCGAUGUCAUCAUUGGCGCAGACGGUCGGAGGAAUACAUUGGCCGGUUUCCGAAGAAAAGAGUUUCGUGGCAAACUGGCCAUCGCCAUCACCGCCAAUUUUAUUAACCGAAACACGACGGCAGAGGCCAAGGUGGAGGAGAUCAGCGGCGUGGCCUUCAUCUUCAAUCAGAAGUUUUUCCAAGAUCUGCGCGAGGCGACCGGGAUCGACCUGGAGAACAUCGUCUACUACAAGGACGACACUCACUACUUCGUCAUGACGGCCAAGAAGCAGAGUCUUCUGGAGAAAGGCGUCAUCUUACAGGAUUACGCAGACACUGAGAUGUUACUGUCACGUGCCAACGUGGAUCAGGAGGCGCUGCAGAACUACGCCACCGAGGCCGCCUGGUUCUCCACCCAUCGCCAGCUGCCAUCGCUGGAUUUCGCCAUCAAUCAUUACGGGCAGCCGGACGUGGCCAUGUUUGACUUCACCUGUAUGUACGCGUCUGAGAACGCCGGCCUGGUGCGGGAGCGGAACGGGAAACGGCUGCUGGUGGCGCUAGUCGGCGACAGUUUACUAGAGCCUUUCUGGCCAAUGGGAACCGGCAUAGCUCGAGGCUUCCUGGCGGCAAUGGACUCUGCCUGGAUGGUACGAAGCUGGGCUCAUGAAGCAAGUCCAUUAGAAGUGCUGGCUGAGAGGGAGAGUAUUUACCGGUUACUUCCUCAGACUACUCCAGAGAACGUCAAUAAGAACUUCAGUCAUUACAGUAUCGACCCCACAACCCGUUACCCCAAUGUCAACCUCCAGUUCCUGCGGCCGAGUCAGGUCAGACACUUGUACCAUACGGGAGAGAUGAAGGACGUUAAUCUAGAGAUCGGGAAUCUAGCAAACCCCCCGAGGACGCCAAAGCUGGGCCGGAACGAGGCGGUGGCGCGCACCGGUAAGCUGCUGAGCUGGUGUCAGAAGCAGACGGACGGCUAUGCGGGAGUUAAUGUUACCGACCUCACUAUGUCUUGGAAAAGCGGCCUCGCGCUGUGCGCCAUCAUCCACCACUUCCGGCCCGAGCUCAUUGACUUUGCCUCCCUGGACGAGCGGAAUGUAGAGAAGAACAACCAGUUGGCGUUCGACAUCGCGGAGCGGGAGCUGGGAAUCUCCCCCAUCAUGACCGGAAAAGAGAUGGCGUCCGUGGGGGACCCCGACAAGUUGUCCAUGGUGGUGUAUCUCAGCCAGUUCUACGAGAUGUUCAAGGAGAGCACCAACUCCGAAGACGCAGAACAGAACCUGGAUGAGAAGACCACCCUGCUGACCAGCACCAAAUCCCCCAUCUCCUUCCUGAGCAAACUGGGGCAGACUAUCUCCCGCAAGCGCACGCCCAAGGACAAGAAAGAAAAAGACGUGGACAGCUCCGGCAAGAGACGGAAGACCAGCCAAUCUGAAGACGAGGAAGGCCCCAGAUCUCAGCGGGAGGAGAAACCCUCCGUAGUCGGCUCCCAGACCGACAGGCGGAUUGACGCUGCUGUUGGCAACCAGAACAAGGUGAAAUUCAUGGCCAAUCAGCUCCUGGCCAAAUUUGAGGAAAACGCGCCCGCCCCUAAUACCGGACUGCGGAAACAGAAACCCCUCCUGCCCUAUCAGCAGCGUUUACUAGAGCAGGCUGCCCUCAGGCAGACCGAGCCUCAAUGGAAACAGCCCAGGACUAAUGAGCUUCCCCGGACCUGCCCCAAAAAGGUCAUCACACUGUAUACGAGGUCGUGGCCUCGCUCGUACCAGCAGAGGAGCCCGCUGCCGUCCAGUUUCCUUGGCGAGAGGUGUGCCAGCCUAGAGAGGCUGGACUCUGAGCCCGCCCGCCGCUCUCCCGUGGAGCAUUGGCAGAAUUCAAUCGCCCUGCGCUCCACCGAACGCCCCGCCUCGCCUUCAUACGACGAAAUCCGUCAGAAAUACAUAAAGCUGUAUACAGGUGGAGUGAGCUCAUUGGCUGAGCAGAUAGUCAAUCAGCUUCAAAAGAAGGAAACCCCCAAGCCUCUGUUUGGGAAAAAAGUGGGGUCUUUCAGGAAAGAAUUCCCUCAGAACCUCGGGGGCAGCGACGUCUGUUACUUCUGCCGCAGAAGAGUUUACGUCAUGGAGCGUCUGAGCGCGGAGGGGAAAUUCUUCCAUCGAAGCUGCUUUAAAUGUGACUACUGCAACACCACCCUGCGUCUAUCCUGCUACGCCUACGACCUGGAGGACGGAAAGUUUUAUUGCAAACCGCACUACUGCUACAGGCGUUCUGGCUACAGCCAGAGGAAGAGAGCGGCCGCCCCGGCACAGGUCAGCAAGGAGCUUAAAGGACCUGGAAAGGACACCCCCGAUGCUGAAGAUCCCGGACGAGCCCCCACGUUGUCCCUUGCUGCUGCAGAGAAGAAUCCAGGUCCUAGUGUGAACGGUGUCGAGGAUCACACUGUAGCCAAGAGGUUACGAGCCACUCCGGAGCGUAUAGAGCUGGAGAACUACAGAGUGUCCAUGCAGAAGGAGGAGCUGGAGGAGGUGCCCGAGGAGACCCUGGCGGAACACAACCUGAGCAGCCUCCUCGAUAAAGGGGGAGAGGAGGAAGAGGAGGCCGCCAGCAGUAGCUCAGAGUCUGAGAUGGAGGAGGAUGAGGAGGAGGAGCAGGAGGAUGGUGAAGACCAUCUUCCCUCUUCUGAUCUCGGCGGUGUCCCCUGGAAGGAGGCUGUAAAGAUUCAUGCAAAACUGAAGGGUCGGGGUGCGGAUGAGAUGGUAGGAGACAACGCUGCGGGGCCGGGUGUCAGUGAGGAUGAGGAGGAAGAUGAAGAAGAAGAGGAGGAGGAUGAAGAGGAGGAGGAGCCAUCUAGUGAAGAGGGAGAGUACUGCCCCUGGGAGAGAGAGCUUCAACAGGGUCUAUGGCUUCAGCGUAUCUCUGACGAAGACACAGUUGGUACAUUUAAAGCCGGGAACCUCAAACUGCACCAAGCGUUGUCCCCCCUGGACCCCAUGGAGAUUAAAGCCGACGUCCACUGGACUCACGUCCACAAGGUUAAGGAGGAGCAGGAAGGGGUUAACACAGAGGGGGAAGAAGUGGGCUCGUCUUCUCCUUCUAAAGCGCUCCAGCUCCUUUCCCACCGCCAUGAUCCCGUAAGAGCGUGGCUGGAGACCACCGUAUCCGGAGCUGCCUGUGAGGAUGAAGAAGCCGAGGCGGAGGCUGGAGCAAGAGGUGAUGGGGACACGUCUGCUGAUCUUGGUGAUGAUGACGACAUUCCGUCAGACGCCGAGGCGGAGGAGCGAAUUCAGCACCCAGAGAGACUGAAGCUUAGACUGGAUGAGGACGAGGGGUCAGACGGAGCUUCCAGUGUGCAAAACGGAUCGGACAGAGGUUUCAGUUCGGUUGCAGUGGCCUCUGCUCCGGCGGCUUUGGCUGUCGGCAGCCCUAAAGCCGAGCGCGAGAAGGUCACAGUGUUGUCUCCGAAGGAACUGAUGUCACCAGGUGUCAGAUUCUUCCCUGACCCAUAUAUCCCUCAGACCGGCAGCAAAGUGUCAACUCCAUUAGAACCGAAGGCUUUAACCCCUGUCUCACCAGUUCGUUCCCAGCCAACCCCAACGCAAGAACUGGUUCCUCCCACAUCUCCUGUGAAAUCCCCAUCGAUACCACCUCUGCUUCGUCCUCUUAGGUCACCAACCUCUCCUAUCUGCUCUCAACCAUUACCGUCAGCAGAGGGGGUCACUGUUCCAACCACCACCAAGCCACCGGUAUGUUUACAGCCAAGUCCAGUUAUCACUUCCACCCCCCUAGCCAAGCUGCCUUAUACUAGCCAUGGAGUAAGGACGGACACGUUGACCAGCCCCAGUUCGGAAGAAGCUUUGAAACGUAUUGACCUCAUAGAGGAGUUUUGGACAAAAAGUGCUGAGAUCCGACGUAGUCUUGGGUUGACACCAGUGGAGCGGAGUAGAACAUCCGAGGUCAGUUUUCCAUCCAUGGAGCCUUCUGUGCCAAGGACCCCAGUGUCUAAGACUACUCCAGAUGAUCUAAAGUCACCUAAAGUUCAUAACAUCCUUAAGAAGACUAAUCCCAAUAGACUUGACGCAGAGCUCCUGUCACCUCUUACUCCCAUAUCACCAUCCGAAAAAGAACUUAAGAGCUCGGAAGGUGAAAGGAAGGACCUGUCGACUAGUUCAGGUCUGGGAUUGAAUGGCAGUAAUUCAAAUACACGGACUGCGGCCAGUGAAAGUUUCAACACCUCGGACUCUGCUUUGCUUACUCCACCUUCUAGUCCGCCUCCUCCCCCACCACAAGGAGAAGAGCCGGCUACACUCCAAAAGAGCCUAGCCUCCUGGCAGAAUGGACCGGAAUCCGUUCCAUCACCACAACCUCAGACAAAGGUGAAAUCUCCCGAGGUUCCCCAACACCCACCGAAAUUGGAAGAGGUUUGUAAGUCCUUUGUGGAGAGCGUGGAUGAGAUUCCUUUUGCGGAUGAUGUGGAAGACACCUAUGAUGAGAGAACGGAUAACUCCAGCCUUCACGAGCGGUUCUUUACUCCACCAACUAGUCGGGGAAAACUCCAGAGGCUUCCCUUGACUAAGGAAAAUGGGGAACUCCCAUCUUUAGAAAAAGGCCACCAAAGAAAAAGGCUUCUUCCACAGUUGACUCCUGAAGUGAAAGAGUUGGCCGAAGAGAGGAUGAGGGCGAGGGAGAAGUCGGUGAAAAGUGCAGCAUUGAGGGACGCCAUGGCACAACAGCUUACCAAGAUGAAGCACCUUGAAACCGUGCAGACGUCUCAUAGAGGAUCAGGGUUGUCUUCCACCAAAUUAGCUGCACACCUUCCUGUAGAAGCCAGAGGUCUACCUGAGGCGCCUACACUCAGACUAGAGACUUCAAAUGAACUCUUCCUAUCGCCUCCGCCAGCCGAGGGCUCCAUCACCUCCUCGGAAGGUUCCGGCGGUGGAAAACCCAAGAAGAGGCCUUCGUUGUUCUCCCCAAGAAAAAAGGAGAAAAAGUCAAAGGGGGAGACAAGCCGGCUGUCUGAUAAACCCGAAGACAGCACCAAGUCCAAAUCACUGUGGAAAUCGGUCUUCUCGGGUUAUAAGAAAGAGAAGAAGAAGAAGUCUUCGGAUGAGAAGUCUACGCCGAGCACUCCGUCAAGCACCAACACUGUGGACUCCGGGAAGGGCAAAGUUCCCAUUUUAGCUCGUGGAGCAGAAUUUCCUCUUAGACGUCACCUGAGUUUCUCUGAAGAUUCGGACCUUUCUAGCGAUGACGUCUUGGAAAAGUCCUCACAGAAGUCCAAGCGGGAGUCGGUCUAUGUCCCCCACGCUCUGGCGUUCAGACGAUCGUAUUCAUCAAAGAAAACCUACACGGAUGAGGAGCUGAGCGCCAAACUCACCAAGAGGGUACAAAAGGCCGCCCGGAGGCAGGCCAAGCAGGAGGAGCUGAAGAGACUGCAUCGGGCUCAGAUAAUUCAGCGUCAACUGGAACAAGUGGAGGAGAAGCAGCGUCAGCUGGAGGAGAGGGGCGUCGCGGUUGAGAAGGCGCUGCGCGGAGAAGCUGUUGAUCCCAUUGCGGGGACUCCACGCCGCAGACCUAUCUCCUUCUGCCCUUGCUGUGUCCACGAAGGGAUGGGCAAGAAGGACGACCCCAAACUGAUGCAGGAAUGGUUCCGACUGGUGCAGGAGAAGAACGCGCUGGUGCGAUACGAGUCCGAGCUCAUGAUAUUCGCCCGGGAGCUGGAGCUCGAGGAUCGUCAGAGCCGCCUACAGCAGGAGCUACGGGAGAGGAUGGCCGUGGAGGACCAGCUGAAGAGCGAGCAGGAGCUGUCGGAGGAGAAGCGGAUCCUGAACGAGAUGCUGGACGUGGUGGAGCAGCGCGACGCGCUGGUGGCACUGCUGGAGGAGCAGCGGCUGCGUGAGAAGGAGGAGGACAAGGACCUGGAGGAGGUCAUGUUAUCUAAAGGCUACAACCUGAACUGGUCCUGAGGAAUCCCCGGUGACCCCCCUGAUGAUGGGGGCGCUGUGUCCUAUAUGUGGGGAUAAGUGCAGAGCUGCCCCGACCAGGUCCUUUCCAUGGAGAUGUUACAUGAACUCGUUAACCCUUGCACAGCACUUUAGAGUGCGUCGCCGCAGAGGUCGGAGGUCGUUUCCCGUCAUUCUAAGGGGCGUUUUUUUUUUUUUUAGUUUUUUUUUUUUAUUCCGUAUA